AUUAAAUCUGAUUUUUAAUAAAAAUUUAUCCAAAAGAAUAAACGUCAAAUUAAAGCAUUUGUCUAGUUAGUAGAAGAUAGGAGACAGCGAAUACCCUGUGAUAACCAAAGAUAGAAUACUAUCUGAUAUAUCGGAUUGAAUCAGAAGUUACCGAAAUUGCAGAUUCUUAUGUCAAAAAGAAAAAAACAAUAUGGCAAUGGUUCAUUAACUAGAAAUACUAAUAAAUUUUUUGUUGAACAAUAAUAUUUAAGUGAAUUGAGUGAAUUUUAUAUUAAUGAAGUUUUGUGAUGAACGGAAUGUUACCGUCUUUUACACCCCCGGUGGUUAAACGGCUGUUAGGGUGGAAAAAAGGCACAGACGCUGAUGACAAAUGGUGUGAAAAGGCAGUGAAAAGUUUAGUGAAAAAAUUAAAAAAAUCAGGUGCUCUGGAGGAAUUAGAACGUGCCAUUUCCUCUCAGAAUCCUAAUACAAAGUGUGUUACCAUACCCAGGGUGCGUCCGAACGCGGACGUUCAACAGCAACGAAAAGGCUUACCUCACGUGAUAUACUGUCGUUUGUGGAGAUGGCCUGAGUUGCAGUCUCACCACGAAUUGAGAUUUUUGGAUCACUGUGAAUACGGCUACGCUUUGAAAAAAGAAGAAGUUUGUGUUAAUCCUUAUCAUUAUACGAGAAUUGAGACGCCAGCGCUCCCGGCGAUUUUGGUACCGCGUCAUCCGUUGGGAGAUGAAAAUAAUUUGUUUCCGCAUUCUCUGGAGGAUCUAAGCACGUCGGUGCCGGAGAAUACAUCGUUUCCUCACCAUAACACCAAUACGUUGGGUUUUGUUGGUAGGUUACAUUUGCAGCAUCCUGGGAGUUACAUGGAUACGGUGGGGUUGUGUCCUAAUGGUACCCCUACGAAUAUGGAAUCCCCUCAUAGUGUUGUACCUCCUACAGAAACGCCUCCUCCGGGGUAUAUGUCUGAGGACGGGGAUCCCAUCGAUCCGAAUGAUAAUAUGAGUUUGUCGAGAAUAACCCCCAGUCCCCCAGUCGACGCCCAACCGGUCCUCUAUUGCGAACCGGCCUUCUGGUGCAGCAUCAGUUACUACGAAUUGAACACCAGAGUCGGCGAAACCUUUCACGCCAGUCAACCCUCGAUAACUGUCGACGGUUUCACGGAUCCCAGUAAUUCGGAAAGGUUCUGUUUGGGGUUGUUGUCAAACGUAAACCGGAACACGGUCGUCGAACAGACGAGAAGACACAUAGGAAAAGGGGUCAGGCUGUAUUAUAUAGGUGGGGAAGUUUUUGCCGAAUGUUUGAGCGAUUCCAGCAUAUUCGUACAGUCGCCGAAUUGUAACCAGAGGUACGGUUGGCAUCCGGCUACGGUUUGUAAAAUACCUCCAGGCUGCAAUUUGAAGAUUUUCAACAAUCAAGAAUUCGCAGCUCUUUUAUCUCAAUCGGUGAGUCAGGGUUUCGAAGCCGUUUAUCAAUUGACAAGGAUGUGUACCAUCCGGAUGUCCUUCGUCAAAGGAUGGGGAGCGGAAUAUAGGAGACAAACCGUAACAUCGACACCAUGUUGGAUAGAACUACAUUUGAACGGUCCCCUUCAAUGGUUGGAUCGUGUUUUGACCCAAAUGGGUUCUCCGAGGUUACCUUGUAGUUCCAUGUCCUAAAAUCCAUUGAAAGAAAAAAUUAUAUUUACAAAAUGUAAACGUAUUUAUCGAUUUUCAUUUUUACGGUUUUUUCCCCGUUUUUUACGUUACAAUAUUGUUUUUUUUUGGUUCAUAAAUCGAACUUUGACAGUUGACGUUCAUAAAAUUUUGACAAGUUUGACGUAAAUUUUUUGACGGAUUUCGUGGCGAUGUUGCAUCGCUUCCAAGAUACAUUUCUUAACGAAACGCCCCCGUAUAUUAUCACCGAAUUUUAAAUUCUCAUGACGACGAUGUGAAAUUUUUAAUAUACUAUACGGAGUGUUCGAAAAAAUUUGGAUUAAUCCUCGACGUAUAAAUUGGAGAAUCUGUAUAAUAUACAAGGUGUUCAAAACACUCUGCCUUCUGUCGUUAUAGUCGAAAACCGUUAAAAAAAUUUAUUUCGUUGAAAUUCGUUAUUCAUAAUACAGGGUGAUUCGAAACGUGAAUAAUUUUUUUUCAUAUUUUGACUCGCCCUGUAAUAGAUUUUAACGAAAUGAAUGAUUUUGCGAGAAAUUCGACUGAAACUACAAAAACUUUUGUUUUUUGAACAUCUUUCAUAUUAUACGGGGUGUUGAAUUGAACGAUUAUUAGUCAAUAUUCUUUAAUCACACUGUAUGAUAUAAAAGGUGUUCGAAAAACAAAAGAUUUUUUUGUCGUUUCAGUCGAAUUUCUCGAAAAUCAUUAAUUUCGUUAAAAUCUAAUACAGGGCGAGUCAAAAUAUGAGAAAAAAUUAUUCACGUUUCGACUCACCCAGUAUUAUAAAUAACGAAUUUUUACGAUAUGAAUUUUUUUUAAAAGAUUUUCGACUGAAACGACAAAAAAAUCUUUUGUUUUUCGAACACCUUUUAUAUCAUACAGUGUGGUUAAAGAAUAUUGACUAAUAAUCAUUCAAUUCAACACCCUGUAUAAUAUGAAAGAUGUUCGAAGAACGAAAGUUUCAAUCGAAAAUCGUUUAAAAAAAUUCAUGUCGUAAAAAUUCGUUAUUUAUAAUACAGGGCGAGUCAAAAUAUGAGAAAAAAUUAUUCACGUUUCGACUCACCCUGUAUUAUAAAUAACGAAUUUUUACGACAUGAAUUUUUUUUAAAAGAUUUUCGACUGCAACGACAUAAAAAUCUUUCGUUUUUCGAACACCUUUUAUAUCAUACAGUGUGGUUAAAGAAUAUUGACUAAUAAUCGUUCAAUUCAACACCCCGUAUAAUAUGAAAGAUGUUCGAAGAACGAAAGUUUCAGUCGAAAAUCGUUUAAAAAAAUUCAUUUCGUAAAAAUUCGUUAUUUAUAAUACAGGGCGAGUCAAAAUAUGAGAAAAAAUUAAUUACGUUUCGACUCACCCCUGUAUCAAAUUUUACGAAAUUUCAAUGAAAUAAUUAUUUUUCGUGAUUUUCGACUCUUAACGACAAACGAACAUAGUUUUUGGAUAUCUUUUAUAUUAUACAGGGUGUUUUAGAAAACAUAAAUUAUUCGUCGACGUACAAAUUUUACAUCCAGUAUAAUAUUCGAGGUGAACAAAAAAAUUGUUCUUCUGUCGCCAAAGUCGAAAAUCGCGAAAAAAUUUAUUUCAUUUUGCACACCUUGUAUAUAUUAUACAGGGUGUUGUAUUUUUUCCAUCACCCCGUAUAGUAUAUUGAAAUUUAAUAUCGUCGUUAUGGAAUAAAAGAAUAAAAAAACGCGCGAAAUUCAAAAUUAAUUUCAAUUUGGAUUAAUAUACAGGGUGUUUUAAUGAGAAGAAAAUAAUUUUACGGAUCGCCCUAUAUAUAUAUAUAUAUAUAUGUAUUUGUAAAUAAUUUGUGUAAGAUCAACUUAACCAAUCAUAUUCGUGGAUAAUUUUAUUUUUGAUAAAUCCCGGUAAUUAACAUGAAAAUGUACAGUGCGAGCAAGAAAACAAAAUUUCGUCAUUUUUCCGAUUUUUUGCCGGAUUUGCGUCGUUUUUUUCUCUCUCGAUUUUUUCGUUUCGAUCGCGCGUAAAAAUCGCAAAUUUUCUCAUUUCUCCAAAAAAAAAAUCAUUAAAAUUGAGUAUAUUUGAAGGUUAUGUGGAUCAAUGUCGAUACAGGCUAAGCCGAUUUAACUGUCGUUUGAUAACACGUUGUCGUGAUAUUAAAAUUAAAAAAAUUCGAGAGGUGUAACGACGAUUCGCGCGCUUUUUUUGUUUGAGUUUUUCCGAAAUGCGAUUCAGCCCCUUUAUCCCGAUCCUCGAUCUCUAAAUUCCCUCCAAUUUGUCUUUAUCCCUCCACUAACUCAUUCAGUUCACCUAAUUUACCUUUAUCCCUCCCCUAACUCGUUUACUUCAUCCAAUUUCCCCUUAUCCCUCCCCCAACUCAUUUAGUUCCCCCAAUUUAUCUUCAUUCCUUCCCUAUCUCGUUUACUUCCCCUAAUUUCGGUGUAUCCCUCCCCUAACUCGUUUACUUCCUCCAAUUUCCCCUUAUCCCUCCCCCAACUCAUUUCGUUCCCCCAAUUUAUCUUCAUUCCUUCCCUAUCUCGUUUACUUCCCCUAAUUUCGGUGUAUCCCUCCCCUAACUCGUUUACUUCCUCCAAUUUCCCCUUAUCCCUCCUCUAACUCGUUUAAUUCCCCUAGUUUCUUUUUUUCCUUCCCCUAAUUUCUCUGUAUCCCUCCCAUAACUCGUUUACUUCCCCUAAUUUCUAUUGAUCCCUCCCCUAACUCAUUUACUUCCUCAAAUUUCCCUUUACCCCUCCCUUUACUCAUUUGAUUCCCCCAAUUUCUCUUUAUCUUUCUCGAAAUUCGUUUACUCCCCCUAAUUUUUCUUUAUUCUUCCCCUAACUCAUUUACUGUUUCUUUUCUCCUAUUUUCUGUUUUCAUCCCCUCGUUCCUCCCGAUAUUUCGAAACCGUUCCAUUUUACCUCCCCUCAUUCGUCUAUUAUCUUCCCCCUCUUCCUUUCGAUUGUCUUCAAUCUCCCCUCGUAUCUUUCGACACUCCCUACUUUUCAUUUUUCUCCUCCCACUUCCUGUUUUUAACCUCCCUCUCCGUUAAAAUUAAUUUGGAAUGACAGCGCGACGUUGCCUUUUAAUACGUUACGAUUUUUCGUGAUAUAACCUCAAAUAUUUAUCAAUCGAAUUUUUUUUCGUAUAAAUCGUGUCCUUACAUCUCUCGAAGAAAAAUUAGCGGUACAUCCUGUAUAUACUAAUGUACCGGGGCUAUUCUAUAUUUUCUAAUAUUUGUUUGCGUGAUAUGACCUUGCACUUUUUGUAAAUUUUUUCUCGGAUUUUUUUUUUUAAUAAUUUUUGAUUAUUACUGUAUAGUUUUUAUCCAGGCAACUACCAAAUUGAAUGUGUAUUUCACUUUCCAAAAAAUAUAUAUAGUCGUUAAUUUAAA